AAUUGCAUUUGAUGGCAACUGACGCACAGACGCUGGCGGCGGCGCUGGGCGCCCUCGUGCUCCUCGCCUUUGUCGCGGUCAAGUACACGGCGAGCAAGGUGCUGGAGGCGCGCAUCGAGAAGUUCCAGGCGUCGACAAGCACGCCCGCGACGGAGAAGACGGCCGAGUAUGGCUGGCUCCAGGGCAAGCGCUGCCUGGUGACGGGCGGCAAUGGCUUCCUUGGUCGCCACGUGGCCGAAGGCCUCUUGCGCCAUGGCUGCAAUGUGCGCGUUGUCGACCUCGCGCCGUCGACGGAUCUCGCCAAGGUCGAGUUUGUGCAGUGCGACUUGCGCGAGAAGGACGCGGUCAUGGCGGCGUUUGCGGGCGCUGCGUUUGACGUGGUCUUUCACUGCGCGACGCCGAGCCCGUUCUCCAAGAACACGACGCUCCUCAUGCAAGUCAACGUCGAAGGCACGCGCAACCUGCUCGAUGCGUGCGAGCAGUUCAAGGUCGAUCGGUUCCUCUUUGUAAGCUCGGCCGGCGUCGCGUACGAAGCCAUCGAUCAAAUGAACGUCAACGAAGCCGCGCCGAUGCCCUCGAGCUUUCGCGACGACUACUGCCGGACCAAAUUCCUCGCCGAAGAGCUCGUGCUCAAGCGUAACUCGCCGAGCUUGCGCACGACGGCGAUCCGCCCGCACGGUAUGUUUGGCCCGCGCGAAGCCCACUACAUGCCGUCGCUCCUCGCUGCGGCCAAGGCCGGUACCACCAAGUACCAAGUCGGCGCCGGCCAGAACCGCGUCGACCUGACGUACGUCGGCAACGUUGUGCAUGCUCUUCUCCUUGCCGCCGACAAGCUCUCCCCCGGCGCCAAGUCGGCGGGCCAGGCGUACUUUAUCACGAACGACGCGCCUGUCUCGCUCUGGGAUACGAUUGGUCACAUUUUGAUGGCCAUGGGCUACAACCCGCCGUCGAUCGCAGUGCCGUACGGCGUCUGCAUGCUUGCCGCCGCGACCGGUCUCGCGCCCGUGACGACGGCCAAGCUGCCGAUGCUCGGCCAGCAUCACUUUUACUCGUGCGAAAAGGCCAAGCGCGACCUUGGGUACGCGCCACUCUACUCGGUCGAAGAAGGCUUGACGCUGACGCUCGCGACCUUGACGGACGCGCGCGGCCCGCACUCGUUUGAACAGUUCAAGCCCGCGUACCUCACGCGCGAGUACCGCAAGUACACGCGUGCGCAAGUGGCCAUGCACAACAAGGAACACGAUGCGUGGAUCAUUGUCAAGGACAAGGUCUUUGACAUCACCGAGUACGUCGAGGACCACCCCGGUGGGCUCAGCAUCCUCAACGACGUGGGCGGCGACGCGACCGUGGGCUUUUACGGUCCGCAGCAUCCGCCGACCGUCGCCGAGCACAUUCUCGAGUACUUGAUUGGCGAGAUUGACGACGCCGAGGCAUAAGCACGUCGCCAGCUUACGACCAUAAGAGUGGUCGAGACGCAAUAGAACGCUGAUUAUGACAGUG